GUUUUCCGAUCUAAGAACAAUGUCAGGUACAGCAUUAAUGUACAUGCUGGCAAAUAUGUUUUUAACGCAAUUGUUUUAUGUUGUUGGAGUCGGAGGAGUUCAGGAAGAUAAUCUCUGUUUGUGCCUGGCGUUUGGAAUACACUACCUCCGCCUGGCCAUUAUCAGCUGGCUGUGUGUGAUGACGUACGAUAUGUUGAUAACGUUCCGCAACAAUGUGAAUCUUAACCCACGACCGGAGCCGGUAAAUGUGCUAAUUUCAAGAUUCGUCAAGUAUAGUUUAUUCGCUUGGGGCGUACCCUCAUUGUCGGUGAUAGCAGCUAGCGUGAUGAGAGUAACAGUGAAUCACCAGUACGUCGACAACCUCAACCCAUACAAYUGUUGGUUUUUCGAGAAGACCAUCUACAACGUGACGUUCGCCGUGCCCGCGCUGUGCUGUUUUGCGGCCAUCAUCAACUCACUGGUCCGGAGCUGGCUGACCGCCAGAGCCACGGUCGGUCUGCAGGUGGACAAGAAGACGCGGCUGAAGAUGCACCGGAAGCGCACGCUGCAGCUGCACCUGUACGUGAAGAUCACCACGCUGCUGUUCGCAGUGAACGUGUUCGGUUACGUGGCCAGGAACGGAUCGCCGACAUCCGACCCGGUGGCGUGGAUCGCGUACAACGUCGGCCACUCGCUGCAGGGCAUACUGGUCGCGCUGGCCGUCACGUGCAACUGUCAAGUGCUGAAGAUCUACACGCGGUCGUUCACUCGGCGGCGACGCCGGCGGCCACGCAAUGGCAGCGCGACGGCGCUUUUCGACAAACGCGACAAUGACAUCAGUGACACGACGUACCUGCAGAACCUCACGUGGGACCCCGUCCCUCUGCCCGUCUAGAGCGUCACGGCGGACAGCGACCCGGACGAACACGACAGGACUAUACAACCACCGUCAUCAGCCAGCCACGGCCGCGUCGUUUCCGCCGCGUUCGCGCGUCACCCGAUGAGCGGACAGACAUGGGUGGCCAUGAUGAUUUGUGGGAGAGGGAGGGAGGGAGAGACCCGACAGUGGUACGAGUCACGUCACCGAUUACACCCAUGUUAUUUAUUAUUAUGUAUUUAUGUAUUAAUACCAACACCCACACCCGCCGCAGACCGGCUGUAYACCUGCAGACCCACACCCGAUAUCCCCGCCGCUUGAUCAAGCUCAUAAAAUCGUUGUACACGAUUACUCGUCCGUYGGAAAUAAUUCGGUCAAUUCGGAAUAGCGUUGUUCGCAGAGACGAGUGAGCGUUGGCGUGUACAUGAUAUUAAUAAAAUGUACAAAAUUGUAGAUAUCUAUACAAUAUACGUAUCAUGUUUUACGAAAACUUCCGCUGAGUCGAUAUUUUUGUAGAUGACACAUAAGUCAUAAUAUUAUUUAGCACUUGCGUUAUACAAAUUGUUGAUUUAGAACCCGAAUAAAUUGGUUAACGAUAAUAUUAUAUAAACAUUUUUAAAAAAAUCUAUAAGUUCAUAAUAWUUAUGUUGCACAGUAUAUUUAAUAAUAUAAAUUAAAAGUUCAUCACUACUAAUUUAAGGUAUUSAGAAAUAUUAGAAAUAAUGAAAACUUUACGUAAAACAUUCAGCAUUAUUUACAUAUAAUUAAUAGUAGUUCUAGUACCUACCAACGAAUAUGGUCAAAUAAAAUAAUGAUAUUAUGAGUCGUUAUGAAAAAAUAUAAUAAUAAUGCAAUAUUAAA